AUGAUGUGUGAAGCGUCAGGAGAAGAAAAGAACAUCAUUCCACACAAACCGCCCUCGUCAUCAUUGUUGAAUCUCUCAGCCAAUAAUAAUAAUAAUAAUAAUAAUAAUAAUAAUAAUAAUAAUAGUGUUUCCCCAUGGGCCCUGCGGUCUAUUGCCCUUCAUCAUAUAAACAGCAAUCACGAUAAGAGUCCCUGCGGAAAUAAUUACACGGCCCUUCAGCAGUUGUUGGACGUUGCGGGGGAAAUGCGAACAAAACAACAAUCGUCUCUUGUGGGCGACACGGCGGCGGAAAUAUUUUUCUGUCGAUUACUGCAGUGGCCGCUUCCAACACUCACGCGAGGUGCAUCUCUUCUUCGCAUCCUGCGCAGUCUUAUGGGAGAGUGGAUUAAGAUAAUAACAGGAAGAGGAAAAGGAAUAAAAAGAAAAGAUCAUAAAGAAGGAUCAAUGUACAUCUCAACAGUGGGAAUUCGUUAUCGACGGUUGUACAAUAUUUCUCUCUGGCAGCGACGACACCCAAUGUUUAUUCUUGCCCCUGUGCUAGACACAUUUGGGGAAUUUCUCUCAUGUGAAGAAGUAAAUGAUGUGUUGGAGGCACUCUCACAAUAUCUCGUUAGUGAGUUGAAUAAUAUUCCACACAUACUCCGCUGUGAUGUGUUGAUGACGUAUCCUAAACUUCCUUUCGCCGAACAACAACAACUGAUGGAAGUCCUACGGCCUUCUUACUCCCUUCUUACUACUACUAAUACUAAUACUAUUAUUAAUAGUAUUAAUAAUAAUAAUAAUAAUAAUAAUAAUAAUAAUAAUAAUAAUAAUAAUAAUAAUAAUAAUAAUAAUAAUACUUUUAAUAAUGAUGGUUCAGGAAAAAGUGAGAUGUCUGUGUUCCCACCACCUCCAGAUGUGUAUCUUGUUGAUUAUAUACAUUCUGUGCCAACACGAUUUGGCCCGGAUGAUCUUUCCCUCGAGGAAUACAAGGAACUACGCCAAGCAUUUGAACAGCACAAACAGGCAGGCGUUAGACGUUUACUUUCAUGCACACCAUAG